CGCUCCCUCGAACUUGUCGGGAGGAAGGGCCGCUCACUUACGGGGAAUAUUGGUUAGGUGGUGUGUGCAACUCGUUGGUGUUCCCGGAGAGCCUUCUAGGCACAUAUCUGCGGACCCGCUUUCGACUCGGAACGAACACGGACUUAAUUCUUCACGACUAUGGAAGGCUUAGAAGUCGAUCGGUCUCUCUACGACAUCGGCGAGAGUGAUUUAAAGGAUCUAUGGGCGUCCGAUUCAUUCGAAACGGUAAGCUUACCCAAUGUGACAUAUCUCUGUGCGGGAUUUAUGGAGGAUUUCGGAAUGGCAACCCUGCGUCGGUUGAGCGAUCAGCAGUACGCGCACAAAUUAUCUCUGCAAUCUUGGACGCCCAUGGUGGACAUGAGCUCGGAGUCGGACUGGUCUCACAUCUUGGACAAUCCCAUCAUUCUCCACGAUCGCAUGAUGUCGGACGCAGUCCAGUCGCCGCGCAUCCAGUCAGAACACUCUUAUUCCCUGACGUCUAGCGACGAAGGUCCCGACUCUCCACUCUCCAUCACACCACACAUCAAAAUCGAAGACAUGGAGUCUGAGUGCUUUCCCGCUGUCCCCGUGUCCACAGCGACGGGUCAGUCCGACCUGGCCAAUGUAGUGGUGAAACAGGAACCCUUAUCGCCCCCUCCAGCAUCUCGUCCACUGAGCCCUCCUCUGGCAGCACAGUCACCUCCGCCUCGUAAGGCAAAGUUGCUGGCAUCAGCAGUGGCCCAGCAUCAACAGAGUCUGCUCAAACAGCCCACCAUCGUGUUGGCAGCCAGGCCUGAGCGCCAUCUUCUGCUUCCAAAGGUCAACAUCAAGGUAGAGCCAUCCUCAGGAUUCGUGCUGCCGCCGACGCCACCGUCGAGCCACGGCAGCGACUCAGACGGCAGCCUCUCUCCCGUGCACAGCAAUCCAUCUCCCACAUCCUUCGCCGACACACCAUCGACGUCUUCAGGCCAUGGGUCGACCUUUUCACAACAGUCUUCAUCUACGUCAUCAAGCGGGUCGACCUCCCACCACCACUCAUCGUCAACGUCAUCGUCGAUGAGCCGACGCAGCCAGUCACACUCACGCGUCGCCGUCACGUCAUCGUCAUCUUCAUCAUCGUCGCGGGGAUCCACGGGAAAUGGGGGAUCACAGCUCAUCAGUAACCAAGCGAAGGGUGCCACUGGUGUAUUACUCUUGACGGAAGAAGAGAAGAGGACACUGCUGGCAGAAGGAUACCCCAUUCCGCAGCGAUUACCAUUAACCAAAGCUGAGGAACGGUCACUCAAGAAGAUUCGUCGAAAAAUUAAAAACAAAAUAUCUGCUCAGGAGAGCCGACGAAAGAAGAAGGAAUACAUGGAUUCCUUAGAAAAAAAGGUUGAGACAUUAACGAGUGAGAAUCAAGAAUACAAGAAGAGGCUGGAGCUGCUGGAGAAUAACAAUAGGACAUUAAUGUCACAGCUGCAAAGGCUGCAGGUGCUGCUUGGGGAAGCUCCGAGUAAGGGAAAUCACUCUGUGCCAACACAGUCCACAACAGUGCACAUGGACUUGGAAACAGAUGAUGAACCUGUAGACGUAAUUUAAAGUGCACAAUGUACCACUCUUCAAACUCACAGUGGGGCAACACCCAUUCACCACGUGUCCAUUCUAUUCCAUAUCUGUUUAUCGCUUUGAUCUGCAUCAUCUACUGCUGAUCUUGUUCAAUUCUUCUGGUUCUGUCUGUUGUCUGAUUUGACUGAUAUGGCUACAGUGCUCUGCAGAAAAGAAGAGUAUUCAACCUUCGUAGUCAACCUCUGGGAAAAACUUGCUCGUCAUCCAGCAUCUGAAAAAAAAAAAAAAAGAAAACGAGACCACAAGUGCCCUUACAGCAUGCAUCUAGAGCGGGACAUCUAUGUAUUGAGUGCCAAAUGUGAAGCAGGUUUGCACUGUGAAACUGGAGACAGCGAGCCACACAGAGACGUAAGCCAUCUCAUCACCACUGCAGCAAGAUAAUGCAAAACAGAGACAGUUUGUUCUAGCCACUUUGUGUUUCUUCUGGGUACUUACUUUGCCAUGUUGCUUUGGGUACAUGUUUCAAACACUAAAGGAAGGGGCUUGGAAAACUCCAGUUCAUUUCAAGCUGUGAGCAUCACCUGUAAAUAUUGCGCACGUGUGACACCAUUGUAUCCACUAAACUGGACAAACGCCACCAAAGUACGUCUCUUGCAGCAUUGGAGUGUCUGUGCCCCCAAGCAACGAACCUUGUCGUUACCAUUACUUUUCCUUUUUUUAACGUACCUUAUCAUUGACAACUGUGGUACUAGGGUUUGAAGUGCGCUCCCCCCCCCCCUUUUCUGGGUGUUUCCACACAAUUGCUACUAGUCUUGCACAUGAUGUGUGCUUUUUUUUUUUUUUUUCCCUAAACAUGUGUCAUAGCUCCCUAUUCUUUUCCUGCAUGGCCAUAAUGUUUGCUCACUGCGCCUGGCUUGCAGGAGCAUUUUGUUUCUUUCUUCUUUUUUUUUUUUUAUUGCCUGUUCAUUGUCGAUGAGGCUUGGUUUUGAUAUUUGAGGGCCUAUUGUACUUUUUUUUCUGGUUCACAUUGUUGGUUAGGGGAUAGUAUUGUGUUGCUCCUUAGUGUGAUCUGUUGCAAACACUUGUUUUAAUGACCACAUUUCAUUUCAUGCGAGAAAAUAGAUGUGGUUUUGAAGCUAACGUACUGUACAGCAACAUAACGAAGAAAUCAUUUUGUAUCUGUUGUUCUUUAACCUUGAAGACAGCUUUCAAUGUACAUAAUUACUUAUUGACGUGCAAUGAAGUUUUACUGAUCUACCGCAGCCAUGAUUAUAACCUUUCGACAUUGCCUGUAUAAGUGAACUGCUGUACCCAAGAUGAUUGUUUUGCCUAAGCUCAGAUUUUGGAGAUAAAGCAGUCACUGGUUAGCCCUUGAACUUCUACUCAAAAAUGCCCUCAACUAAGUCAAGUCAUGAAGAAUAAGUCAAUUAAGUAAGUGUUGUAAUAGGACUGGUUGAGCAUUGCUGUUGCAGUGUUGGAUUAAACUAACUUUAAGUACAACUUGACCACCAAAUGUGUCAUGCAAAAUUAGACGUGCUAUUAGGUAUCAUCAUGGCUGCUAUGUCUACAUUUCCACGUGGUGAUCUUCAGUGAUGCAAUCAUUUCUAUGUUCUGUUGCACGAGACAGCUUAUUGUCAUGCAACGGCAAACAUUAGUGCAAUGAAUAUGUGAAAAUAAUUGUUGUAUGCAGAUGAAUGAAGUGUAAAUGCUAUGGAAGGGUGCAAGGAAAUGCUAAUGUCUCCUUGAGCUAGCAUUGUCACGUAGAAGUAGCUUCCGGCAAAGUGCCUUGUCUAUGACAUUAGCAUAGUUGAAACAUCAUCCAUACUACAGACGUCGUCAAUCACUUGUUUGUAGGCACACUUCUCAAAACAUGGCUUCUCAGCAGUUGUUUAUAUGCAUGUGCCUUCUCUACUAUUCGUUAUUGAAGUAGCAGAAUGUACUUGAAGAGAUUUAUUUUCAGACAUUUAUAUUAAAAAUCAAGCAAAGCCAUAUAUACACACACAUUUUACUGUCGCAACAUAUCCAGCCUUCUGUGGCAGGGCCACACAAAUUGCUGUGGUGAGGCAGCCCACUCAUUGUGAUCUACGUUAUUUAUUUCUAUCUUCCUGCAAGGAGGUCAAAAGUCCCGUAAUAAAAAAAAAAAAAAGAUCAUAGAAUCUCAGAUCUAUGUUUACCUGUAGCGCAUUAACAAUUAUCUAACCUAAAAUUUCAUCAAUCCAUUGUUGGUUAACACACAAAGAAGCUCAGGUUCUAAAGGUUUUACACAACCAGCGUCAGUACAAAGCUUGUAAUGCAUAAAAUGUAAGGUGAAGUUGACGAGUGUUGGCAAAGUUCCUAUUUCUCAUUUCAGUUACACGAACCACUUUUUUUUUACUUAUUAGGACUGGACAACACAUAAACUGCUGUUUUAGCUGCACUGCAUUUAUGUUCACUGCAUGUCGUGUUGCGUUGAUGAUUUAUCUUGUUUGGGAAGAAUUCUGGAAGCUUCUUCUUGAAGGUGAAUAAUUCCAAUAGCGCAAAGUGUACAUAUACAGAUUUGAUAUAUAUUUAUAUAUAUAAAUAUAUAUGUAUAUGGUGUGCAAAAAGAGUUUCUUGAUUGCAUCAGUAAUCGUGUUCUCAAUGUGCUUCUGUAUUUUAGGUGGGUCCGGUUUAUGUUACAAAACAUAUAUACAUUCCCGAGCUAUAUCGUACAUGCAUAAAUAUACCAAGAUUUUUUUUCUCUACAGCUUCUAGACUGCAAAAGGGCAUAGUGUAUUCUUAACAACAGAGAAGGACAAGAUUAUGACUUGCUGUUUUUAUAUAGAUGUUAUUUAUUGCCAGAAGAGGUAGCCCUUUAAAGAACAUCAGAAUGAGAGAGGAUAAAAGCUAUCAGGAAUGAGUCAGCAUUUGUACAUAAUGGUUUUAUAGAGGCUUCAGCUGUAGGAAGAUGGAAAGAGCUAUUUAUUCUGUCAUUCUAAAUCAUUCUUUCAAAGCACUUGCUCAUUUUUGAGAUUGUGAGAGAAAAAAAAAUCAUCUGCCCAUUGUUGCUGCGGGGUCCUUAACUAAGGGAUCAAUGCUUGCCCCCUGCCUUUUGUUGUUUCGGACCAGCUGGUGUAUCAUGGGAGUUUGUUUGCAAUAGCAAACUCAUUUGUACAUUUUCAAGAGUUUAUGUGCACUUUUAAAGUGGGGAUGAUUUCAUAUUUUGUCCUUUAUUUCAUGAAGAUAUAAAUUUUAUUGAUUAAAACUUUUGCAACCUCUA